AUGCCCUACUGGGUGACCUGUUGGUUUCUGGAGCUGUACCUCAACUCGGUCUUCAAUCAUGAGGACUACCAGCUGCGUCCAAAGCACCGCUGCCUGUCGCAGCACAUUAUGGUUAAUGAUGCACUGCCUAACCGCAUACUGAGUGGCACUGUAACGGUGAAGGGUGACAUUGAUUACCUGACAGAGACGGGCGUAGUUUUCAAGGGCGAGACAACACCGGUUCCCUGUGACGUCCUUGUUAAGGCAACUGGCUACAAGGUGGUUUUUCCCUUCAUCAGCGAAGAGCUCGUUCCGGUGCACAAGAACAAAGUUCGCCUGUACAAAUGGCAGUUUAUUCCGAACAUCAAGCACGCCCACACUCUGGCCUUUAUCUCGUUGGCUCAACCAAUCGGUGCACUGCUGCCCAUCGGAGAGCUUCAAUCUCGUUGGUUUGCCCUGCUGAUGGCGGGAAAGCUGAAACUGCCAUCAAGAGAGGAGAUGGAGGCCGAUUUGCGUGAAAAGGAAAAGUUUCAAGAGCGAUUCUAUGAAAGUGAAAGGCACACUAUUCAGGUGGAUUGGGUGCCCUUUAUGGAUGAACUGUCUAAGGAGAUUGGCGCCUACCCAUUCAUUUGGAAGUACGUGUUCACCGAUCCCAAGCUCUUCUUUGCCCUGCUGUUUGGUGCCUGUGCGCCCUAUCAGUACCGUCUGACUGGUCCCAACAAAUGGUCUGGAGCACUGAAAAUUGUGUGCAGCAGAGCAACUAUUUUAAAUGUAACAGUAUCAGUAUGCAGUUGUUUGCUAGCAUUAAAAAUUUCAAUUGUAAAUGUGCGGAUUUUUCGCCCCGAUGGUUUGUUGUUGUGCUCCAAUGAGGGUCUACAUGAAAGCAAACUGUUGAUAUAA